AUGUCUGAUGAUAGAGAGUUGCAGGAUGUUGUACAACAACAAGACACCACUGAUGGUGGUGAUCGUCUUGAAAAAUUACGUUCUCGCAUGAGUUAUAAAUUACAUCCAACCUACAUGGUGAUCAGAACACAUACAAUUAAUCAAUCCGAUGAUCCGACACAACCUUUAAUUCCUCAGUGGAGUGUUCCUUUUGAAUAUCGUACACCAGAUAUGAAAACAACACACUUGGGAAGUAGAAAUUGUUUCUUUGAUAGAAAACACAUGUUAGAUUCUCAAGAAGGACAAUCAGCAUUGGAAAGACACAUUCAAGUUGAAGAAGAACGAAAUCAAAGUCUCUUCCAAAAUCCCUAUUUAUUGUAUAGAGUUACGGGACAGAAUAAGAUUUCUGUAUGGUCCUGUAUUGCUCUUUUAAUUUUACAUUUAAUAUUAUCAGGAUUAAUAUUAUUAUUUGAUUUUUUGGAAAUUAUCUUUCCGAAUGGAUAUGAUUUUAGAAUGUUCGGAAUUUCGAGUAGAAAAUUUAAUAGUUUGGGAUCUGGUGCUGCUUCUUCAUCAUCAUCAAUAGAUUCUCCUCUUCAUGCAUCAGCUGGCACACGAGUUGGAUACUUUUUUGCUAUCCUUGCAGUAACCGUGUUGGGAAUUUUCUGUUUUAUUACAACCAUGUACAGUGCACCAGAUCAAUCCACAACAGCAGCAGCAACAAGUGCAGAUAACAAUAGUAGCAGAAGUGGAAGAAUGAAGAGCUUUUUCACCAAGCACAGAGAUUGGAUUCUCCGAUUAUUCACUUGUUAUCUCAUUUGCAUUACAUUGUGUAUUCUAGUAACUGCACUCUUCUUCCUCAAUAUUGGUCUACUUUCAUUUGUAUUAUUGGCAGUACAAUAUGUUUUAUGGAGUGCUAGUCACAAGACAAGGGAACGAUGCAUGAUCACUUAUUAUACAACCACUUCAUUCUAG